AUGGACGACGCGGAAAACGAUUAUUCGGAAAUCGGAGAAGUUACGAGUAAGUAGGUGUUUUUUCAUAGAAGUAACGAAGAUAGUCUUGGUCAUCCUCAUAUUAUGAUGAUCAUGUUUAAGAACACGUCGGUCAAUAUGAUAGGGUCUCCAACAUGACAGGUUUUCUGUUUCCCAACAAACAAGGCUUUUCUCAAAAACUACGAAAACAGAAUGUAGACGACUCCACUUUCAUUCAUCGUGUUACGACUCUUGUAGACGAUGACCCAAUAUUGAACGCGGCCUCGGUGAUUCCGGUAGAGAAAGCACGCGAUCUUCUCCGCGAGCGCGUGCCCCAUUCUUUCACGCGUGUCAGUGAUAGCGUUGAGGCGCUCAGUGUUAAGGCUAUCGACAUGGAUAUGAAUUGAUUCAUUUGAUCCACAGUAGGUGUGCCGUAGGUCUGCUCGAAUUCAUUUGUAUUUGAGCCAGAGUAGGUGUACUGUAGGUUGGAACAACUUUAGAUCUAGACUUAGUAAAUAAUUUUGUUAAUUCUAGAGUAAUCCACCGUUAAACGGUGGAAUUCUCUAGAAGAUGUACUUAGAGGGCAAGGACUUUUUAUCUUCCACAAUAGAUAUGUUCUAUGUUCAUCUUCACAAGCAAGAGCAAGGAUAGAUCUGCUUCUUAGUUACAGAGCUUUUGUUCCGGGAGUACUUGUACUUCUUGGAAUCGAUAAUUCGGAGAACAAGACGAGGGACGUCUGCAGAGCACUUUCAAUUUCUUUUGCUGCUCUAAGAUUACGUCCAGGCUCCUUUACCCUGCCGGACAUGCUGAGGAGAUGCUUGGUCAACUUAUUGCAGAACUCGAGGGAGAAAAGCGCGAUUCUCAGGCUUUUAAGACGCCAACACUUUGCUUCCACUGACUUGGGUAGAGCGACGCAAAUCAAUUUUCACAGAGUAGAACUGCGAGGGUAGCAGGAAAAUCAAAAUACCCACUAGAUGUACACUCACCUCAUCAUGCGACUAUUACUUCACCAUACAUGGAUGUUACUGCUAGAACAAAAUGUUACACUAUUCUCAUGAAAUCGUAUUCAUCGUAAAUCGAUGCAGACCUCAACCUCAUCUAAUAUCUUGCUUAGUGGACGAGACGCCGUGGAGGAAGCUAGUGUUGCUUUUUUACAACCCUGCUACCCAGCGGAAGAAGGGUUACGGUAACCGUAAAGAGAAACUUACAGCAUCGCUUAAGUAGCUUCUUAAAAAAAGUCAUCCUAGAAAAAGUCUGUCGCUGAAGAGUAGAUCGCGUUAAGCUGCGUCGGGCUGUCACCCCCGUUCAUUGUCCGAAUGAGUAAGUGUCUCGUCAAGAAUGCAUGCGUUCUAGCGUGUAUGUAGCGCAGGGAACAAAAAAGUCGUAGUUUAGAAGAGGACGGUUGGGAAAGAAUGCUUUUUCUUCAUCUGUUGUCGUGAUUUCUGGGUAUAAUUUUUCGGUCAUUCUCGCUACCUCUAAGUUAAGUUCGAGGCUGGCUGGCUGCCUACGCGCCGCAUGUCCUCCUUUGGCAGCUGAGGCGGUGCUGGAAGGCUGCGAGGGUUUUGGUCUUCUCACAUACACGGAAGAUGGAUGAAAGAAGCGAUCAUCUUGUUCGCUUGGAGGUUCGUAGAAGAUGGGAAAAAGGUUAAGAUGAUCCUAGUUACUCGUAUAGCUACUACGUCGUAGAUAAGAAGAAGGUUAAGAUAAUGACUCCUGCGUCUAGUUUCUAAUAAUAUUCAUAAAGAUCACUCGUCCGUCUAUUCGUAAUGAUCUUACAGUUUCUCACUCAUGAAGAUCCGUCCACGAGUGCAGUGUCCUGACUUCUUCUACUAGUUUUGCAUCAUGCUAUCGAAACUCGAUUAAGUGCUCUUUACUUAGCGGCCCUUGAGCUUGAAAACUCGUGUACAAAGGGAAAAGGCAAAAAAUCCUUCAGGAAGGUAUAGCUGCAACCAAAGGAUAGUUAUUAUUAUUUGUCAUCAUAAGUCUAUUAAUUAGUCAAGAACCAAUUUAAAGUCCUAAAGGAUUACUCUUUAACCCAAACCCUCUAAGUCUUAGUUGCAGCGGAGGUGCGGAGGGUUCUGAGUGCAAUUUUGACUUUGACAGCUGGGGCGCUGGGCACCAAUGCUAAUGGACUGUUUGUGUGACGGGUUCCUCUUGUAAUGCUGAGCACUGGAUGGGAGGUUCCUUCUUCGAAGUGAAGGGGUCACUCUAUGAUACUGAGCACUGGAUGGGAGGCUUCUCCUUCUAAGGUUUUUAAUGAAUGUGAGAAGAAGAAGCAGCCUCUCUAGCAGGGCGAACGUGUCAAUUACGUUAAUUGAACAACGUCUAAAAGCCAUCUCUUUCUCUAUACAGAGUACAGGCACGAUUGUCAUCCAUCGUCAGUGGUUGGCUUAUUAGACACGUAUACACAAGACGAACGUGAGGCACUAACAAUGAUUUCAUUAGACAUGAACAGUCAUGGCGUGGCCAUCUCCAGUCAUGACACGGUCCCAGAGAGAAAUGUACGGUCUCACAGAGUAGAGGUGGAUUCCUACCGUCUGUUUGAUCGUAGACUUGAAAAGGUGAAGAAUUUGCCCUCAUGAUACUAUAAAGUCUUUGCAUUUAUUGAUACUACCUUCGUUGCACAUGGGCCCUCUUAUUGAAUAGGUUUGGGCAUCUACAGCCUUAAAAAUAUGUCUGCAUUAGCAGCCUUUUUCUUCAUGGACUGGAUUCAGGUUUAUUUACAACUUUUAUC